GAGUUCCAGUCCUCGUGCGAUGCCAUCCAUCAGCCCCACUGCGUCAUUAAUAAGCAGUGACAGUUAUAUUUCAAAUUGCAGUGACUUUUCAGUUGAUGCAAACUUUUUUGGCCGUGGUUAUGUAGAAGAUAGCAGCACAGACAGCACUCAAGAAGAUUCUGUUUCUGGUUCGAAAGGGCAUCUGGAUCAUUCAAACUCAUCAGUUAAAUUGAACGGUUUCCAUCGGACUGGUGUAGAAAAUGUAGGAAUCGGUGGAAUUCAGACUGGACAAGAAAAUAACGGGGAAAGAGUUGGUUCAUCUACUGAUGAAGAAAUUGGGAUAUCGGAUGAAAUGGAUGCUCAAUUUUGGCUUCCACCAGAACCAGAAGAUCAAGAAGAUGACAACAUAGGUAGGGUGGAAAAUUACGAUGAUGAUGAAGAUGAAUGUGGGGAGGACGGUGUGAGAUGGGCCAAUUCGAGUUCUUUGAGCUGUUUUGGAGAAGAAGGCAGUGGGAGCUACAAGUUCAAAGAAGAAAAGCGUAAAGCAAUGGACGAGGUUAUGAAUGGGAAGUUCAAGGCCCUUGUUGGUCAACUAAUUAAGUCUGUCGGCGUUGCCUCUUCUGGAAAUGAUGGAGAAAACUGGGUGGAUAUAGUGACUUCUUUAUCAUGGGAGGCUGCUGCUUUUGUGAAGCCUGGUGCAAAUGAGGGUAAGGCAAUGGAUCCUGAUGGAUACGUCAAAAUCAAAUGUAUUGCAACUGGUUCCCGCAGCCAAAGUCGAUUAAUUAAAGGGUGUGUCUUCAAAAAGCAUGCUGCCCACAAACACAUGCCAACAAAGUACAAGAACCCUAGAUUGAUGUUAAUUAAUGGUUCACUCGAUCUUUCUUCCAGUGGAUUAUCAUCAUUUGAAUCAAUGCAACAGGAGAAGGAUAUUCUAAAAUCUAUCGUUGAGAGGAUAGAAAUGUACCGUCCAAAUGUGAUUUUGGUUGAGAAAUCAGUUUCUCGUGGCAUACAAGAAUCUAUUCUUGCAAAAGGAAUGACAUUAGUCUUUGAUAUGAAGCUCCAUCGUCUGGAGAGAGUUGCACGAUGUACUGGUUCACGUAUCUUGUCAUCAGAUUUUGCUAGUGGCCAACAGCUUAGGCAGUGUGAUUCCUUUCAGAUUGAAAAGUUUGUAGAAGAACACAAUGUUUUAGCUGAAGGUGGGAAAAAACCGAGUAAAACAUUGAUGUUCCUAGAGGGCUGUGCCACUCGUCUUGGAUGCACCAUUUUGCUGAUGGGGGCUAAUGGCAAUGAACUGAAAAGGAUUAAAUGCGUUUUCCGGUGUGCAGUUGUCAUGGCAUAUCAUUUAAUGCUUGAGACUUCUUUUCUUCUAGAUCAGAGGGCAAUGUUCUCGACUAUUCCUCUGAACAAGGUGGUGUACCUAGCACUUACUGACCAGCAAUUACUAUCAAUUGAUACUGAUAAGAUAACUGUAUUUUGCCAGGAGAAUAAAGCUGAAACUGAUUCAUCGUUGUCAUUGGACAUUCCCAUUUCUGAUGGGUUAUAUGAAACAGUACCUCGCAACCUAAUUUCACUAUCAGAAAGCAAUUCUUCAAUCUCAUUUGAGCCAUAUAGCCCAGCAACAUUUCCGGGAUUAUCUCUGUCAGAGUCUCUUAAAAAAGUUAUGGAUGAUAGUUUUCCGCUUUUUUAUGAUUCUUCUCGAAGUAUGUCUAGUCAGCUUGGGUACGACGGGAGGAAUCAUGAAGAUCAUGUCGAAGAUGAGGUGAAAAAAUCUAGUUCUGUGGAAGUAAUGGAUCAUAACGAUACAAUGCCGAUCUUAAGAUCUGAGGGACAUAAUUUGCUCAGUAAUGUGGAGCCACAUCUGCCACCAGUUUGUUCUGUAGAAUCUUUGGACAGACUAGACAAUAGUGAUAAGGCUGAAGACCAAAUGAAUAAUAAGGAUGAGAUCAGCUCAGUAUUGGAUUCUGAAAGUAUUUUGGUUCUGAUGUCGAAGCGGAAUGCUUCAAGUGGAACUGUUUGUGAGCAAAGUCAUUUUUCUCAUAUUAAGUUCUACCGUAAUAAUUUUGAUGAUCCUCUUGGAAAGUUUUUGCGGGAAAAUUUGCUCAAUCAGGGAUUCCUGUGCAAGACUUGUGGUAAACCCCCGGUUGGUCAUUUUUUCUACUAUGCACAUCAUAAUAAGCAACUAACCAUUCAAGUUAGACGUCUUCCUGAUGAUAAAGGUCUGCCUGGUGAAACUGAAGGAAAGCUUUGGAUGUGGAGUCGCUGUGGUCAAUGUAAAUUUCAGAAUGGAAGCUCAAAAUCUACAAAAAGGGUUUUGAUAUCCACUGAUGCCCGUGGUUUAUCAUUUGGAAAGUUUUUAGAGCUCAAUUUUUCGAACCACUCAUCAUUCAAUUGUCCAUCCAGCUGUGGUCAUUCUUUUCACAGGGAUUUCCUCUACUUCUUUGGAUCUGGCCCAAUGGUUGCUGUGUUCAAAUACUCACCAGUUGCUACUUAUUCGGUGUCUCUGCCACAUAAGAUGCUGGACUUUAACUCUUCAUUGAGAGGAGAGUUUCUAAAAGAAGAUUUUAAGAAGGUGUUAGCAAAAGGGAAUAAAAUGUUCUUGGAGAUAGAAGAAUCUUUGAAGAGUUUGAAAACUCAAUAUGUUGGUCUAACUCUCAACAUUCAGGGAAAAAGUAAGAAGUUUUCUGAUAUUGAGGAGAUGUUAAAGCAAGAAAAAUCUCAAUUUGAGGUUGACAUUCAAAAUGCUGUUGAGAAUGGAUCUCGAGAUGAGCCUGCAUAUAAACUUCUAAGCUUGAACAGGGUACGAUUGGAGCUUCUGCUUGAAUCAUGUGUUUGGGAUCAGCGUCUACACUCACUUUCGUCCGGCCUUUUUGCGAGUAAAUCUAUCAAGCUACAAGUGCAAGAGCAACCUCAGUUGAAGGAGGAUGGAGCUGAUGGAGAAGUCACUGGGGCUGAUAUUAAGGUGGAAAACUGUGACAGUCCUCUGGAAAAUAUUGCUGGUUUGGAAAUUAAGCUUGUUACAUCCAUGGAAGCAAAUGAUUUUACAAUUAAAGAAAUUCCAAUUGAUGGGCAAGUUGAAGUAUCUAGAGAACAUGAUGAAUCAUUUCCUACAUCUAUUACCACCGAUGAUAUUGCAGGGCCAACGGUAGAUGGAAGUAAUGGCAAUGAAUCAUCUGUGCAUCAUUUCCUGGUGAAACCUAGUUUUGAGGUGCAUCCUGAGAAGCCUGGUUCCACUGGGAAAGAGAAAAUAGAUAAGGGAAUACCGGUAGCUGCUGAUAUUGAAAAUGACGAGGGUUUGAUCUGGACUCCUUAUUCAGUAAUUCAGCACCAAUACAUGAACAACCUCCAACAGAGUUACUCCCAAAAAUUUGAAUCUUUAAGUCACUAUGCUGCAGAACUAGUGGCUCAUGAACUGAUCACAGAUGAGGGCUCAAGAUUACAUAUUCCCCUCGGCACUGAUGAAUAUAUAGUGUCCGACUAUGAAGAUGAGUUCUCGAGCAUAAUAGCUUGUGCUCUAACCUUAUUAAAGAAUCCACCGACUGCAGCUGAGGAACUAGUGACCUCUAACUGGCCAUCUUUUAGUUCUUUGGAUUCAGACGGAAGCAAUUCUUCAUCAACCAAUGCAUCAGAGGAGUCACAUUCAUCGAGCUUUAAUGGGUCGGAUUUGUUGGAUUCCUUGAAAUCUUAUGGUGCUGACCACCCGCAAGUCUCUAUGGGGUCAAAAGGAAAGCAUAAAUAUUCUGUUAUAUGUUUGUAUGCAAGUGAGUUCCGUCAGUUGCGAGACCGAUGUUGUCCUUCUGAAGUGGAUUAUAUUGCUUCCUUAAGCCGUUGUAGGAAUUGGGAUGCCAAAGGUGGGAAGAGUAAAUCUUUCUUUGCUAAGACACUCGACGAUCGAUUAAUAAUAAAGGAGAUUAAGAGGACAGAAUUCGAUUCAUUCAUGAAGUUUGCACCCAACUACUUUAAGUACAUGGAUCAGUGUUAUGAGUUGCAUAAUCCGACCUGCCUUGCUAAAGUUCUCGGCAUUUACCAGGUCAUCGUAAGAGCAACUAAGAAUGGAAAAGAGACCAAACAUGAUCUCCUGGUGAUGGAGAAUCUGUCAUUUGGUCGAAACAUAACGAAACAGUAUGAUCUUAAAGGAGCUCUUCAUGCUCGAUUCAAUUCUGCUGGCAAUGGAUCGGGAGAUGUUCUCUUGGAUCAGAAUUUCGUCAAUGAUAUGAAUGAUUCACCUCUAUAUAUCAGUAUGAAAUCGAAGCGUAACUUGCAAAGAGCUGUGUGGAACGACACUACUUUCCUCCACUCGAUCAACGUGAUGGAUUAUUCUCUACUUGUGGGAGUAGACACUCAACGUCGGGAACUGGUCUGUGGCAUCAUAGAUUAUCUCCGACAAUAUACAUGGGACAAACAAUUAGAGAAUUGGGUCAAGUCUUCGCUGGUUGUUCCUAAGAACCAGCAGCCAACUGUUAUCUCUCCAAAAGAAUACAAAAAGAGAUUUAGGAAGUUCAUGGACACCCAUUUUUUGUGCGUGCCCGACCAUUGGUGCUCCCAUAGAUUGAGUAACCCCUGCAAACUUUGUGGCACCGCAACCGAGGAGGAAAACGGUUCUUUGCAUUUGAAGCCUCGAGAGCGUGGGGAUUAUGAUGACGAUUCUAGACCUCUAGCAAAGUCUCUAGAGCAACCCAAACAUGCAGAUAAAUCUCGUCCCAGUUCUCCAAAUCAUGGACGAAAUGGUUUUUCUGCCUGAACGUUAUCAGUCCACUUUCGUGUUAAUGAAUUUUACUGUAUGUUGUGUAGAUAUUGGUUCAGUAUGGCCGCUCACUUUCUGCUGUUUUUUUCCAGCAAAGUUGAUGGGGGCAUUACGUCUAUCUUCUUUUAUAGGUUAUUUCAUAUUUAUUGCAUAUAAGUUUUGUAUGUAUAUCUUCUUGAGUAAUUGUAAAAAAAGAAAAAGAAAUUGUCAUUGGUAUUCUCUAGAAUUCUAUUCUUUUAUAUGCUAUGAAUGGGAACGAAGUAUUAGGGAUUUGGAAAUA